ACGCUUUUUCAAUUUCAUGGGUAUAUGAAGACUUACAAGCGCAUCCCCGAUAUAAAGUGCUUUUAAGUAGCACACACUUUGUGUCAAAUAGCAGUCUCGAGGCUUUACUUUCAAAAAAUGAAGAGGAAAAGGAGACGUCCAGCGUAGUUCCCAGUGUUGCCAAGUAUAAAAUGCCAUUGGAUGAUAAAGAAGACAUGAAACCAACUUUUGUUGUUAUGCGUACCUCCUCGGGGCAGCGAUACUUAUGCCAGAUACCUCCAACCAUGAAUGACACAUUAAUGGAGGGAAUUAAGACGGAGAUUAACAAAAAUGACGAUGUAGACAUUUUGAGAAAAGGAAUGGAACUCUUGGAGCCUAUGAAGAAUAAAUGUAUAUAUCUUCGCAUUGGAUGGUGGACAUAUGAAUAUUGCCAUCUCAAUCAUAUCCGACAAUAUCAUCAAAUUCUUGAAGCGGGCGGCCAAAUGUACAUAGAGGAUCCCAAUGCCGCAUCAUAUUACUUGGGCAGGUACGAUCCCAAGCAAGCGACAUUACCGCCUUCCGAGAAAGUCGGCAAGCAAGGACAAUACACCCAGGAACAAGUAGCAACAGAAGUUCAAGCAAGCGGCCAGAAAAAAUAUUUAGUCUUACGAUGGAGUGACGGGACCACUUGUGAUUUAACGGGAAAACCAAGGAGAGUCGAAAUCCAGUUCCAUUGUAGUCAUCAAACACGUGAAGAUCAUAUAGCAUUAAUUAAAGAGACUAAUACGUGUCAUUACCUUGUUGUAAUACAUACCCCACGAUUAUGUCGUGAUCCGGCUUUUCAAAGUAAAUCAUCCUCGAAAAUCAAUCCUAUUGAAUGUAAUCCGGUGGUCUCUGACGCAUUUUAUGAAAUCGCGGCAUCAGAGCAACGUAAACACGUAGGAGAUGGCAGCGAAAAAGAUCAAGGCGAAAGCAAUAAUGAUAAAAUUGAGGGUAAUAAUGAUGAUGGUAAUGCAGAGAAAAAUAAUGAAGUAGAGAAUUCCAAGCAAGAUCUAAAAGAAGAUUCCGCUAGCGCUGAACCUUCGAUAUUCGAUAACCAAAAGCACGAGAAAUUAUCCGAGGAUUCUGAAACCGAGAAGAAAUUACCAAAGGGUGAUUCGGAUGCAGAAAAAGGAGCAGAAUUGACAGAUGAAGAAAUCACCAACACAAUCAAAAAAGCUGUUGAUAAAUGGCGCGCGAUUAUUCGUGUUUUGGGAAAUAAAGCGGGUCAGGAACUAAAAGAUAUCGAACUUCUUUUCGAGGAUGACGAUGACAGGGAAGUGAAGUCGUCAGAGAUAACUAGUGAUGAUAAGAUGGGCGAGACUAAGUUCAGAGUGAAAUUUUCAGAUGAAAAUGGUAAUAUUGUAGCAUUGGAAAAUUUGCAAGAAUUAAAACAAUUAAGCAAUAAAGAAGCAUCAUCUAAUUCCGAAGAUAAGAGUACGAAUAAGGAAAAAUCAUCGUUGUCUUUUACCUCUUUCGAUAAUAGUGAUUUUUAUCGUAUAAUUGAAGAAUUGAUUUUGGAUGAUUCGGGGAAACUGGAAAAGACGAAAAAGACUGAACACUCAAAACCAUCCGAUCAAGAACACCUAAGUAAAUUGUAUGAUACCGUGUACGAAAAAGGGGAGACAAUUGAAAAUGAUCAAGAACGAAAAUCGAAAUUCUGA